CUCAUGAAUAUGCAACGUUCAGCCGUAAUGACCUCGUUAUCUGCCAAGCGAAGAAAGACCUUGUCUGGAAGAGUGGUCGAUGAUGAAACCAGCCUAAUUUCUCUCUUAAUAGAGUAUUUCAACUAAUUUUAAUGGAAUGAGAGUUGAUAAAGUUAAUAUAUUGGUUUUGAUGUCAGUACUUGGUGGAUGUUAUCAAAAUGGGAAAGAAGCUUGUCAAUACUAUGAAAAAGUGCCCUUUAUGUUUCUUUACAACUACCAACAAAAGAAUUUUCAAAUCUCAUAGAGCUCAGUGUAAGGGUAUGGCAACUGACACAAGCACCACACAAACCUUAGACAAUGCUGCUACUUCAUUAAAAGGUACUCCCACAUCCUUAGAUAGUACUCCAAAAUCCCUAGACAGUACUGUUGAUUCUGAAUGGGAGUCUAUUUGUGAAACAACUAUAAAUAAUGACAAUGUUGAUAAAGAGGAUAUUGAAGAGGAAGAAAAUGGGAGCACCAAAGACAGUAGCUCAACCUUUGAUGCAGCAUCAAAUCAAGAGGAUCUGCAAGAGACUUCUAGUUUACCUUCACCAAGAAUCAGUCGAAAUUAUAACUGUUCAGAGUGCAAGUUCACAACCACUAAAGCCAGGGUGUUCUUGAAUCAUCGAAGAGACAAUCAUGAUGAAAGUUUUACCAUAUAUCCAUGCAAUCUGUGUGAAUAUGCCUCUCAAUACAAACAUAAGCUACAGCGCCAUGAAGCCAUGGCACACAAACCUGGGGUGGGAGGCUUUUCUGUGAAAGCAAAUGAUUCAAAACCAUCUGUAAAAAUCGUAAAGAAGACUAAAAAGUUGCCUGCUAUACCAAAAUUAAAAGUAAAACUUACCAAUAAUGGUAGUGCCUUUUCAAAAGUUAUAACUACCAAGACAAAGGCCAUUAAAGCAACAAAGAAAAGAGCUGCUCGCAACAAAGCUUAUGAGAAUGUUGUGCCCCUAGUACCACCAGAAGGUGUUCUGGCUUACCGAUGUAAACUUUGUCUAUAUAAAGGAAAAAGCAGACCAAGAGUUCUUAAUCAUGUUCUAAGUAUGCACUUGAAUGCUAAACAGUUAAAAUGCAAACUCUGUUCUUUUAAAACUAAUAGAAAAAUUGAACUUUACCUCCAUAAAAAGGAACAUGCUAGUGGAAAAGAAGUUUAUCGUUGUCCAGAAUGUGACUACAUCAGUAACUACAAGCCGAAUCUAGACCGUCACAUGGAAAACCAUGGCAGAGAUUAUGAAUUUAAAUGCAACUACUGUAAUUUUUCUUCAACUAACUCGGGUGCUUUAGCUCGACAUGUAACAAGCCAUCAUGCUCAAGGUAUGGAGGAAGAGUCGAUGGAAGUUGACGGAGAAGAGGUAAAUGAACAAUCAUUGGAAGAUGGUCUGUAUACUUGUGACUGUGGAUCAGCUCACAAAACAGCAGCUGAUUUGAAUCGACAUAUUACAAUGAAACACCCAGAAAAGGGUCAGGAUAAACCAACAUUGAUGGAGUCUGACGAUGAUUACGAAGAAUAUGUGACUGAAGAUGAGGAAAACCCCACAGAUUCAGAGCUUGGAUCGAAAUCCCUAAAUUGUAAAUAUUGUUCAUAUAAUGCAAAGAAUCCAAGUGAUAUGAAAAAACACAUGACAGCUCAUUCUUUAGAAAAGAGAUAUAAGUGUCCUAUUUGUUGGAAGAAAUACAAAUAUACAGGAGAUUUGAAUGUUCAUAUUAAACGUGAUCAUAAUGAAGAACCUGGAGGACUGGAUAUAGAAAAGGUAUCCAUAGUGCCUCUUAAGAAGAACUCUCCUACACUAUAUCGCUGUCCAGCAUGUCCAUACACAACAAAUUGGAAGUCUGAAAUGGAGCGCCAUUCUCAUGUUCAUGGGUCUGAGGAUAAAACUUAUCAGUGCAACUACUGUAUGUAUCAGACAUAUUGGCGUGGAGAUAUCACUAGACACCUUUACAGAAAGCAUGAAGACAAAAUUUCAAAAGACGAUGAUAUUCUCCAUCAUGUUAUAUUCCGCAAUGAACUGGUGGUACCAAAAGGUAAAUCUAGAUAUGGAAAUGCACAAGAUUCUCCUGUUGCUACGAUGAAUAUCAAACAGGAAGUCACAGAACCAGAGGUCUUUUUCAAAGCAGACAGCCAGGCUGAAGUUGAAAAAGAUUGGGAAACCCAAAGUGUAGCCUCUACAACUAACACUAAAGAUACAACAGUUUUGGGUGCUACCAAUAACAAUGGUAUAUUUCAUUGUGAUCAUUGUGAAUUUACAGCCAAUGCUCCAUCUAAAAUGAAAGCCCAUGUUGCCACUCAUCUUAACUUUAAACAGUUUAUGUGUCCUGUUUGUGGCAAGAGAGCUAACUGGAAAUGGGACAUCCAGAAACAUAUGAAGAAAGAUCACCCCACAACUACUAUGCAAGUCGUUAAGCUGUCUGAAGAGGAAGCCAAAGAAACAAUUGGUAAUUAUUUGGCCACCAUGCCAGCUGUAAGACGAUCACAUCAUUUACCUAGUCCUACAAAAUCUCCACCAGUACCUGCACCUAGAUUUACAUUAAAGAUUCCAACCAUACGCUCUAUAGCAAGAGUACCUGUGGUUGAGCCACCAAGCACCAAACCAGCUACUGCUAUAACCAACAAAAGUCCUAUAGCAGCUGGUCAGAAGCCUUAUCAGUGCUCACUUUGUGGAUUGAGGUCAAACUUUCGUUGGAGCAUCAGUAAACAUUUGAAGACCAUCCAUGAAGGAUUAACUGGCAGUGUCAUAGUUUAUAAGAUUAAUGAAGUCAUUCCUAGUGUCAGUACUGAAUCUCCAGCUUCUGUACCACCAGAGAAAGUCAUAAAAAAAUCACUGAGUCCACAUAAGACAACAACUGAUGAAAGCAUGAAACAGUUUAUGUGUGUUGAAUGCGGGAAGAGGUGUCUGUUGAAGGGUGAUAUCAAGAAACAUUAUAAAUACAUGCACCCAGGAAAAGAUGUACUCAUUAAAUACAUGGUCACUGGAAGUACAUUUUUGUAUGACACCAACUUUGUGGAAGAUAAACAACAAGCCAAUGUUAGUUUAGAUUCUAGCUUAGACUCUAGUAUGGAUAAGAGUUUAAACACAAGUGAUGUUACUUUAACUCCUGAACAGCUAACUACAAAGUCAGCACCAACGCAAGGAAAUCAAACUAGCGUCCACAAUGAUCCAAAGAAGCAUGGAUAUGUAAAACCUUUCAAAUGCUCUAUUUGUGGACAUCGUUCAAACUGGAAAUGGGACUCAAAGAGGCAUCUUAGAGAAAAGCAUAUUGGGUCUAAUGGAUUUAUUAUUGUCAUGUCAAUUGAGAGUGCAACUGAAACCUAUGCCACAGAAUGUUUGAAUCCGGCCAGCCCUGAAAAGAAGCCACCAUUAAUAUUGGCUAAUAUACCAAGUGAGGACGGUGAUAGACUGAAACGGUUGAAGUGUUCUAUAUGUGAAUAUAGAUCUAACUGGAGAACUGAUAUAAUGAGACAUUCCAGAAAGAGACACCCUAAUGAAAAGCCACAGGUGGUAUUAUUGGAUAUGGGUUUAGCCAAGGAAACACUUGAGUCAUACAGCUACCAUUAUCAAAAGAUACACGGACAAAGUGAUGCUCCAGAGACUGCCCCUGCAGUGCCCACUAAACGUCCAGCUUCAGCAAAACCUCAACAAAGAAUAUGGAGAUGCCCAAAAUGUGCCUUUUGUGGUGUUGGUAACUCAGAUAUUAUUAAACACAUGCAAAAACACAACAUGAAGCCUUUUAAAUGCUGCAUCUGUGAAUUUGCAACAAAUUUUAGAGGUGCCCUGUACCGCCAUGUACGAAAACUUCAUCAAAUAUCUGAUUAUGCAAGUUGUACAAAAGUUCUCAUCAGAUAUGGCCAGAAUAAGGAAGAUGGGGAUGAACAGGAUUUAGGAGCAACACCUUCAGAUACAUACAGGGAAGCUUAUGUAGACAUAUUCCUUUGCAAGAUCUGUAACUUUCAAACUUCUUUCAAGUAUCUUUGCUGUAGACAUCUGAGAGAAAAGCAUGGCAGUACUGAUUAUACAAAUGUAUUGAAAAUCCGAAAGAGGCAGAAGGUGAAAGUGAAGUGUGUUCCAAAAGGUUCCACUAGUAAUGAUAACUCCUCUGAUAAAGGCAAGCAAUAUAUGUGCUCUAUAUGUCCUUAUAAAGCAUUCAAACGUGGAUUAUUAAACUUCCAUAUGACAUAUCAUAAACCACAACCAGGAAACAAGUACAAGUGUAAAUUCUGCCCUUACUAUGUCUGUGCUCCCAGAUUGCUUCAUCAGCAUAUGAAGAUUCAUUCCAAAGAUCAAGGAUGGUAUAAAGAACAAAAGACCCCCACUUCAUCACCACAGAAAAACUUUCCUUCAACAUCUGACCAGUUUGAUGAUGACUCUCUCCCAAGGAAACACAUCUGUGAGAAAUGUCCAUACACAACUAAUAGUAAGAAUGAUUUCAUAUAUCACAAACAGUUUCAUAGACCCAAGCCAUCAGCUGAAUUUAAGUGUGAGUUUUGUGACUACUGGGUUACCCACAAACGACUCUUGAAGCAACACAUGAAGUUACACACUGAUGCAAUGAAGUUAAGUGGAUAUAGUUCUUUACAAAGUUCUCCGUGCAAGUCAGAGAUGUCAGAUGCUAGUGUCAUCUUUGAUACUGUGGAAAUAGCAUCUAUAAAGCAGAAGAUAAUAUCCUCUAAAAUAACAGCCAGUUUGAGUUCAAGUCCAACUGUAUCACCAAUGAAGAUAGCAUCAAGAUGUGGAGUUGGAUCUCGACCAGGAUACAUUUUAAAAAGUGGUGUUUACAGAAAACUGCACAGGUGCAAGAAGUGUCCUUACUUCAAUGUACGUACAAGGAACCUCCGCCUUCAUGAAAUGAUGCAUGGUUACAGAUCAAGUGAACAUCCAUUGAUAAAAUGUCCACAUUGUGAUUACUAUGUUGGGGCCAAAGGCCUCCUCUCUCACCAUUUAAAGGUUCAUCAACCCAAUUACUGCCCUGAUUAUCAGGAUAACACCAUCUCUGAGCUAGAGAAACAGGAAGGCCUCAAAUUUGAUGAUGAAGAUGACAGGAGUUCAGAUACAGCUGAAAUAGAAAAUGUCCAUAAAGUAGAUACAUUACUUGAGAUUGCCAGAUUUAAGAAAUUCUGCUGUGAAAAAUGUCCUUAUGCAACAGCUAAAAGAUUGCAGUUUCAACGUCAUUGUGAAUUACAUGGAAGUAAGCAAAGGCAUACUUGUGAAUUCUGUGAUUACAGUGUUCCUUCUAACAACCUGCUCCUACAGCAUAGGAAGAUCCAUAUGAUGCCAAAUCAAAAUCUUUUAGCAGCCCAAUCACUGACAAACCUCCAACAUUUAACAGAAGUACCAGCAGAUGUGGCAUUAGCAUCUGCUUUACCACCAAUUGACACCAGAGAACCAGUCACAAUCAGUGUCAUACAUGAUCAUUUAGAUCUAUAUGAAAAUAUGGAAGAUCUUGAGCCUAAGAAACUUUACCGCUGUGAUAGAUGUCCUUAUGCAAAUGUCCGCAGGGAUCAUUUAUUGACCCACUUGAAAUUCCACAUGAUCCGCAGUGAACUAACUUGUCCCUACUGUGAUUAUAGUGUACCUAAACAGAACUUUCUGACACAACAUAUCAAGGUUCAUUUCUGCCCACUACCAGAACUUUCUGAUUGGCUCGUCCAAAAUGGUCAAGCAAGACGAGCAAAGGAGAUGAAGGAUCAAGAUAUAAGUGAAGCUGUGGAAUUGGCACACAAAUGCCAAACUGGUCGACUAAACAAUAUAACAAAGAAAGACCAAGAAAAGACAUUGAUUACAGAAAAAAUAGAAGAUACCAAGGAAACACAGGAUGACAAAAUGGAAGUUGAUGGAGAAAAUAAUGAGGUAAAUGGCUCAACGAUUCCUAAAGAAAUUAUGGGACCUCCUCCACCACCCAAACCUAAGACAGGAAAUGGUACUACCAACUCCUCCAAUACCUAUAUCUGUCAAUACUGUGAUAGAGAGUUUGCUGCCUCAGAUAAACUUCUACGACAUGAAAUGCAACAUCUGAUUGGUAACCAUUUUGAGGCAUUUCUUAAGACUUUCAAUAGGAAGAAUGGGGAAGAUGUUAUAGAAGAGCAGCCUUGUGAAACUGUUGUUUUUGAAGAUAAAUUCAGUGGUAGCAAGACAACAGAAGAAAAGAUGGAGGAAGCAGAAACAAGCCAAGCCAUUCCAUAAUAUUAAAAACAGUUUUCACUUCAAACCAUGACAGAAGUCGAUUAGUCUUACUUGUUAGCAAUUUUUUUUCCAUCUAUUGUUUUUAAAUUCCAUCAGCUCUCAUUCAUAAUGAAAUUUACUUGUGAUUAGAAGUAAUUUUAAUCUACACACGUAAAAAAACUUCUGCCAUAGUUUGUGUCAAUCAUAUUUAAGAACUUACAAGUUGUAAGUUACAAUCUCUGUGAUCAAUUGAUUGUGAUUUGUUAAUAUCUCCAUUUCGAUUUAGAGAAAAUAUUUUUGAUUGGAGAUUGCUGGACAUAUUUAAUAAUUAUUUUUAGAGUGCCAUUUUGUAAAUAAUUAGUGCUUUAAUUUGGGUUUUGGUUACAAAGGUAGCAGUUUUCAAAAUCUUCAUUAGCUACCUAUUCAUGUCCAUGGAUUGUCUAUUGCAAUGAAAAUACCUGGUUUUGUACAUUUUGCCAAGAUUGUAGAAAAUUGGAGAAUAUAGCAUGUAAAUAUGUAUAUUAAAAAAAAGUGGUUUUAGUGUGUAACCUGUUGACAGGCAGACUGUUAAAAAGUUUAGUAUGUGAAAAAAUUUAAAAAAUGCAAAUAGAUGAGGACUUUGUUUUAGCCUGGACAAUCAGGCUUUGUACACUUCCUUUAGUCACACCUGUCUCAGACAAUAUUAUUUAUUUUUUUCAAAUCUAUAUACUCGUAGAAUUCAUUUUUAGAUGUGAAAUCACAGAUAUUCAAUAUUCCAUUAAGAUACUCGGUAUUCUGAAGGUACUGAAACUCUUCAAGACAAGCUGUUUGGGUUAUCUCUGCUCAUUUUGGCUUUCAAUUUGUACGCAAGAAUACAAUACAUACCCGUAAAUUAAAUGGACAUUUUAUAUAAAUUAUCUGUUUUAGCCAAGUAUAUUCCACACAUAUGUUGUAUUGUCUCAGAUAUUAACAUGUGUUCUUUUUCAACCUACAUUCCAUUUUUGCUGUCAAAUCUAGAUCUGUCAAGACUAAUUUUUCAAACAUGAUCUUUCAAUAAAAAUGAAAGUAAUUCACGAAUUCAAAAGGUAAUCUUGACCUAAAGAAUUAUUGCCUUCAUUAUAGACAUUUAUUGAAUUUGUGAACCAAUAUGAGUUGAUUUUUGCCUGUUUAUGUAUCAGUUGUACUAUGUUUUGAAACAUAUUCAAAUUUGAUCCAAGCGUAAUACCAUGGACCUUAUAAUAUAAUAAUUAUGUAUUAUAAGAUCUAGGGUAAUACUAUAAAUAAUUUUUAGAAUAUUUUGUUUUUCUCUUAAUGCGAGAACCAUUCAUAUAUUAUUAGCAUAAAAUUCUUUAUCCAGUCUAUGCAUUUACUUGCCACAUGCACGAUAUGUAUGCAAGCAUUUACAUUAUGACAUUUAUUUAAAGAUGAAUGCAUAUAAUUCUAGCAAAUAAAUUUAGUACAUUAUUAUACUUAUAGCUUAUCCAAAAACUUGUGGGCACUGUUUGGACUUGAUUUAAUCAAUUACAUUAUUAUUUAUGUUAAUAGACAUUUGUAAUCUUUGAUUUCUUAUAUUUUUCUACAUAAUGCAUUUAGCAGUUGCACAUGCAAUUAAAUUUUAAUAUUUUGCCUCACUGAAUAUUAAUGAGAUUAGAAAGGGUCAUGGUAUGGCAAGACUAAAAUAAAUUACACAUCUGACACACAUUAUUAAUUUAUGUUAGCUCCUCGACUAGUCUCUGUAUCACAAAACUUUGUCUAAAUUAUUCAUGUUAAAAAAAAGUUUUAUCAUUUAUUGAGAAAGGGUCAUGAUAUGGCAAGACUAAAAUAAAUUACACAUCUGACACAAAUUAUUAAUUUACUUUAGCUCCUCUAAUUUAUUCAUGUUAAAAAAAGUUUUAUCAUUUAUUUAGCCAUUAUUUUUGCAUGUUGCAAUUAAAUUUCACAAGUAUUAUUACAUUUGUAUUGUAAUUAUUAUUUUGGGAUCUGAUUUCAGUAGAUGAAUCUUAAAGCUGAAGUGGGAGUAUUUAUGUUGACCUAAAAUUUUAUUAUUCCCUAUGCAGAUUUGUGCAUUAUGUGAUACAAUAUAUACCACUAUAUGUAGUGCCUUCUGAAGUAUAAUUCCACUAGUUGUCACUCACUUGUAAUAUUAUGUAACCAUUUUAAAUUUCACAAGCAAUAAACUGUUUUCCCUUUAA